UGACCCUGAAGAGAGCUUGGCCUGCUUUACAAGAUGGGGUUCGGCAUCCAGCUGGCGUUGUUGAUGUGGAAGAACUUCACGUAUCGGCGCAGGCAGACGGUCCAGCUAAUUGUGGAAGUCCUGUGGCCCCUCUUCUUAUUCUUCAUCCUCAUCUCGGUGCGGCGCUCUCACCCCCCUUUUGAGCAGCAUGAAUGUCACUUUCCAAACAAACCCUUGCCGUCUGCUGGGACUUUGGCGUGGAUUCAGGGCAUCGUCUGUAACGUGAACAACCCCUGCUUCCGGUACCCGACCACCGGAGAGACGCCAGGCUUGGUGGGGAACUUCGAUCAUUCCAUGUGA